UAUACCACCUGCACUCGGUCGCACUUGCUCUUUCCUCAGCCCAAUCUUUUAAUUCAUCUCCUAUUGACCCUUCAAGACGUUCUUUUUCUUACAUUCUCUCUACAUCCUCUCCCUUUUUCACUGUUUAUCCUCCAUCGAGCGUGUUUGUGUCAACACUUAUCUUCAAGAUGGGCUACAGUACUCAACUUCAGGGCAAAUUCGCCCACAAGGUUGGCGAGCCGGUCCCAGAGUUCAAUACAGACCAUCCUGCUCACCCUGCCAUCGUCCAUUUUCCCAUUGCCUUCAACAUUUUGGCCUGGGGUUUGGAUAUCCUGUAUGCCUUGACCACAACCUGGAUCCAGCCUGAAUUCAUCACCUCCCGAUUCAACUCUCCCUCCACUCUUCUUGACAUCACCCGUUUCGGCUAUUUCCUCCUUUGCGCGGGUCUCAUCACGACCGUCCCAGCCAUCAUGUCUGGCAACGUCCAACUCGUGGGAAUGAUCAAGAAAAAUGGAGGCCCCUGGGAGAAGGAUGCAAGUGGCAAGCCCAAAUCUACCAUGGUGCCCCGCAUCAAGGCCACCAUCACCCAUGCCAUAGUCAAUGACUUGGUUUUCGUGGCCAACAUCUACUCGUGGUAUCUCCGAAAGGACAAAGAGGGUGUGAUCAACGUUGGCAAGGUCCCAACCCAGACCAACCUUAUCAUCAGCGCUGUCCUUCUCCCUUUCCUGAUCAUCGGCGCAAAAAUCGGUGGUACUCUUACUUACAACCAUGGUAUUGGCUUGAACCUGGGCCGCAAGAAGAUUGUCGAGUAAACAGGGGUUGCCGGAAGGAUAACUUCCUUAUCAUACAAUCUCACCGCAAGACCGAAUGGCGAGCGGAUUCACGCGCCAAUUCCUAUGGUGUAUAUUGCAUAUUACGCUGCAAUGAAAUUCAUGGCCGAUUUGAGGUGGCGUCAAUGAUGCUCGAAAAGGGACGCAGGUCGGAUCCUGUUCACGGCAUGCUUUACCAGCCAGCGAAUGAAGAGGAUCCAGGAGAAUGGGGACGCAGGAGAGACACCAGCAGUGGAGGGCUGUACGAGAUUUUUACCUAUAUUCUUAACAUAUGUACACUAGGUUCCGAACAAGCUACCACAAUUCUAGUAAUCUUUCAACGGACA